GAAGGGCCGUAAGGAGAGGGAGACUCUGCAGCAGAUGGCUGAGGUCACCCGCGAGGGGUUCCGCCUGAAGAAGAUCCUCAUUGAGGACUGGAAGACGGCCCGGGAGGAGAAGCAGAAAAAGCUCAUUGAGCUGCAGGAGGGAAAGAAGUCCCUGGAGGACCAAGUGGAGAUGCUGCGGACGGCAAAGGAGGAGGCUGAGAAGCCAGAGAAGGAGGCCAAAGAACAGCACCGGAAGCUGUGGGAAGAGCAGCAGGCUGCCUCCAAGGCCCAGCAGGAGAAGGAGCUGGUGGCCAGCACCUUCCAGGAGCUGGAUGACGACAUGGACGGGAUGGUCUCGGUGGCUGAGCUGCAGACCCACCCGGAGCUGGACACGGAUGGGGAUGGGGCGCUAUCAGAAGGGGAGGCCCAGGCCCUUCUCGGGGGGGACUCACAGACGGACGCCAAUGCCUUUUAUGACCGUGUCUGGGCUGCCAUCAGGGACAAGUACCGGUCCGAGGUGCUGCCCACUGACCAGCCAGCACCUACUACAGACCUGACGGAGCCCAAGGAGGAGCAGCCACCACCCGUGCCCUCACCGCCCUCGGAGGAGGAUGAGGAAGAGGAAGAGGCCGAGGAGGAGGAGGAGGAGGAAGAGGAGGAAGAAGAGCCUGAGGAGGCCCUGCCCCCACUGGUGCCCUCCCCGCCGUCCAGCCCCACCGAGGAGGACAAGAUGCCGCCUUAUGACGAGCAGACACAGGCCUUCAUCGAUGCUGCCCAGGAGGCCCGCAACAAGUUUGAGGAGGCUGAGCGGUCCUUGAAGGACAUGGAAGAGUCCAUCAGGAACCUGGAGCAGGAGAUUUCCUUUGACUUUGGCCCCAGCGGGGAGUUUGCCUACCUUUACAGCCAGUGCUACGAGCUCACUACCAACGAGUACAUCUACCGGCUCUGCCCCUUCAAGCUUGUUUCGCAGAAACCCAAACACGGAGGCUCCCCCACCAACCUCGGCACGUGGGGUGCCUGGGCCGGCCCCGACCAUGACAAGUUCAGCGCCAUGAAGUACGAGCAAGGCACAGGCUGCUGGCAGGGCCCCAAUCGCUCCACUACUGUGCGGCUCCUGUGUGGGAAGGAGACGGUGGUGACCAGCACGACGGAGCCUAGCCGCUGUGAGUACCUCAUGGAGCUGAUGACGCCGGCCGCCUGCCCGGAGCCGCCACCUGAGCCACCCACCGAUGGCCAACACGAUGAGCUCUAGCCAGCCCCAAACUGGAGCCGAGGUUGUGACAGGGGUCUCUCGGGCCUUGGCAGCUCCGCCUAGGAAGAUGCUGGGCCUCAAUGCUCCCUCCACCACCGUCCCCUCCAUCUCCCUCCUGCCCAUCUGGUCUUUCUCCUGCCCCAGAACCUCCAGGCAUGACCCAGCCCCAGCGAGCUGCCCUCCAGCCCUCAGCGUGUGGAUCCAGGCUGCUCCCCUGGCUGCCCUUCUCCAUGGGGACAGGAACAGUGUGGGGCUCUGUGCCCAGCUCUUGGGAGGCUGAGCAGGGCUGAGCUGCACUUCGGGCCCUAUGGAGCCUGCCUCCCUGUGUCCUCCCUGGUGGCUCACCUCUGCCCCCUGCCCGGGACAUCUGCCUUCCCUCCUGUGGGGGAAGUGACUUGACCUGUGACCUGGAAACAAUAAAUGUGGACA